UAGGCAUCAUGUCCCUUUCCUGACACCCCCAGAAAAUGACUGUUUCCUGGAAGGGAAGGUGAUCAUCAUCUUAAGCCUGAUUUUUUUCAAGACCUAUGAUAAUCAGCCCAAUGGACCUCUUCAGACAUUGAGAAAUUUCCAUAAGAGGGAAGUAUUGAAGAGCUAGUACUGAGUGAAGAUAAAUUGAAGGGGAACAUUUUGCUCUAAAAUCAUGUUGUUCCAGAAUUCUGAGGAAGCUUCAUUGUUUGAAGCAAUGGGCACUGGGUUCUUACUGCCUUUCCCAAUGAAGCCAGGUGCCUGUUAUGUGCCUUCACUGUCACUUUGCUCCAUUUUACAGAACGUUAAACUGAAACCGCUGUGCAGCUUCGAAGAUGCCGCCACCCAAACUGCACGCGCUUGUCUGCCUCUGCGGCUGCCUCACCCUGGUUCAUCCUUUUGACUGGCAAGACCUCAGUCCUGUUGUCCAUGCUAAAUCCUCAGCAUGGCUCAACAAAAUACAAGCUUUGGUGGCUGCUGCAAUCUUUGGCCAAACUAAAAUCCCUAGAGGAAAUGGAUCUUAUUCUGUUGGCUGUACAGACUUGAUGUUUGAUUACACCAAUAAGGGCACCUUCUUGCGUUUGUAUUAUCCAUCCCAAGGGGAUGAUCGCUCUGACACCCUUUGGAUCCCAAACGAAGAGUAUUUUUUUGGUCUUAGUAAAUUUCUUGGAACACACUGGCUUAUGGGCAAAAUUUUGAGCUUAUUGUUUGGUUCAGUGAAAACUCCUGCAAACUGGAAUUCCCCUCUGAGGACUGGUGAAAGAUAUCCACUCAUUGUUUUUUCUCAUGGUCUUGGAGCAUUCAGGACAAUUUAUUCAGCUAUUGGCAUUGACCUGGCAUCUCAUGGGUUUAUAGUAGCUGCUGUAGAACACAGAGAUGGCUCUGCAUCCGCGACGUACUACUUCAGUGACCAGACUGCUGCAGAAAUAGGAAACAAGACUUGGCUCUACCUUAAAAUCCUGAAACCAGGCGAACAGGUGCCUCUACGACAUGAGCAGGUACAGCAAAGAGCAAAGGAGUGCUCUCAAGCUCUCAGUUUGAUUCUUGACAUUGAUUGUGGAAGGCCAGUGAAGAAUGUAUUAGAUUUAGAAUUUGAUGUGGAACAACUGAAGGACUCUAUUGACAGGAAUAAAAUUGCAAUAAUUGGACACUCUUUUGGUGGAGCCACAGUUAUUCAGGCUCUUCAAGACAAGAGAUUCAGAUGCGGAAUCGCACUGGAUGCAUGGAUGUUUCCAGUGGGUGAUGAAGUGUGUUCCAAAAUACCUCAGCCCCUCUUUUUUAUCAACUCAGAACGGUUCCAAUACCCUGCUAAUAUCAUCAAAAUGAAAAAAUGCUAUUUACCUGGAACAGAGAGAAAAAUGAUUACAAUCAGGGGUUCAGUCCAUCAGAAUUUUGCUGACUUCACUUUUGCCACUGGCAAAGUAAUUGGAUACAUAUUCACAUUAAAAGGAGAAAUAGAUUCAAAGGUAGCCAUCGAUCUUAGCAACAAAGCUUCAUUAGCAUUCUUACAAAAGCAUUUAGAACUUCAGAAAGACUUUGAUCGGUGGGAUUCUUUGAUUGAAGGGGAAGAUGAUAAUCUUAUUCCAGGGACCAACAUUGACACAAUCAGCCAAUAUGUCAGUCUACAGAAUUCUACAAGAAUAGAGAAAUACAAUUUAGACUAAAAGCACUUUUUAAAAGUCUUGUUUAGAGACUAUCUAAAAGUGUGUGUGUGUGUGUGUAUGUAUGAUUUUAAUGUACUUUUCUCAAAUAACUUAUAUUAAAAAGUGUAGGCUAUGCCAUAAUAAUGAUUGAAGUCUAGAUUAAGAUUCUUUUUUCAUUUAAAUGUGAAGAAAUACUGCUGUAUAUAAAAAUCAAAACCAGCCUAAAUUUUAAUUUUACUAAAAGGAUCCUUUUUACUGUCAAAAUUAAUAACUGCUUUUAUAUUACUCUAAUUGAAAGUAUAUUAAAACAAGCACAAUGCCAAAGAAAACAUGUUGAUG